AUGCAGGUGCAGGUGCAGGAAGGACAGACGGCAUGUGAUGGUUCGCUGCGACCACUUCCUUCUGCUGGCCCUGCUUCUUUCGUGCCGCGCUCGCUGCGCCCCGCCCCGCUCCGAGGUACGUCCACCCCGGACCGGUAUAGCCGAAUAGAGAAGGUUGGUGAAGGUUCCUACGGUAUUGUGUACAAGUGCCACGACAACUUUACCGGCCGCACUGUAGCUAUGAAGCGGAUCCCGCUUAUCGUAAACGACGGCGGCGUACCUUCCACCGCCGUCCGCGAGGUAUCACUGCUACGCGAACUGAAUCACCCAUACGUGGUACGGCUUCUCGAUGUGGUACUGCAUGAGGCGAAGCUGUUGCUCAUAUUUGAAUACAUGGAGCAAGACUUGCAAGGGAUGCUGAAGCAACGGAACACCGCCUUCGUUGGCGGCAAGCUUCGUCGUAUCAUGUUUCAGCUGCUUCUUGGCUUGCAUGAGUGCCACAGUCGCCGCUUCGUCCACCGUGACAUUAAGCCAAGCAAUAUUCUUAUUGACCGCAAGGAGUCUGUCGUGAAACUUGCCGAUUUUGGACUUGGUCGUGCCUUCCGUGUGCCCCUGCAGACAUACACAACGGAGGUUAUGACGCUGUGGUACCGUGCCCCCGAGGUGCUCCUUGGGGACAAACAGUACCUCCCCGCUGUGGAUGUGUGGUCGAUGGGGUGUGUCUUUGCUGAACUUGCCCGUCGCAGGUCGCUCUUCGCGGGGGAUACCGCCAUCAAUCAGCUCUUUUCCAUAUUCCAGUUGCUCGGCACACCGACGGAGGCAACUUGGCGCGGCGUCACAUCGCUACCCCACCACAACGUUAACUUCCCGCGGUGGACCGCGAAGCCACUGCGCACUGCAGUUCCCGCGUUGGACGACGACGGUGUAGAUUUACUGCGGCGCAUGCUGUGCUACAACCCGAGGGAACGUAUAACCGCUUAUGAGGCUCUUCAACACUCAUACUUUGAUGAGGUGCGUGAGGAAGAAGUGGAAAAGUUGAUGCGGUUCAACGGAGCUUAA